AUGCAAAUAGGAAUUUAUGGCUAUUUGGACGGUGCAGACAAUUUCUGUAUUGAUUUGCAUAAUGGGCAUUCUUUUUCUUCACAUCUUCGGAUCAUUUUUUGUAAGAUCAGUGCAGUUAAUGAUUAUCGAAGAGGCAAUCGAUUACAUUUAUUGGCUGUUCUCAAGUAUGAGUUAAUGAAAUUUCCACUUAGUAUAUUCACUUAUAACCGAUUAGUUUCUUUCAUUCAUUCGAACCAAGAAAGACGAUCGUUGAACGAUAAAUUUAGUAUAAAGCAUCAGUCGAAAAGCUAUUAUUUUACAUCCGAAGAGACUUUGAAUUCACGAAAAAUUCUUCCAUUAAUCGAUUCUAGAUAUCUUAUAUUCUUCAGUAUUAAUCUAGCAGUUGUAAUCUCUCUAGUUACCUUUAUCAAUAGCGAUAACAUUACGAUUAAGGAAAUAACCAUUAAGCUGAAAGAUUUGCCGAAUAAUGCAACUGGACUAAGAUUUGCUCUUAUUUCGGAUUUGCAUAUCGGUGGUUAUGUUAAUCUAGAUCAAAUUUUAAUGGUCGUUCACCGAGUUAAUUCCAAAGAUGUUGAUGCGGUAUUUAUUGACGGUGAUAUUGUUGAUGGACAGCGUGAUGAUAUUUCUGAACCUUUUAAAACGAUGAGACACAUUUAUAGAUAUCUCCGGUCAAAAAUGGGAACUUAUUUGGUUACUGGCAAUCAUGAAUAUUAUUUUGGUAAUGCAAUUGAGUGGUUGGAUUAUUUCAAAUCAAUUAAAAUCAACGUGCUUGAUAAUAGAAACGUCAACAUUUCUGGUAUUUGCUUGGCUGGUCUGAAUGAUUAUUCUAGUGGGCGCAGCGGAAUAACAGACCACAAAUUUGAAAUUGAAAGAGCGAUUGAAAACUGUGAUCAGAACUCACCAGUCAUUAUACUAUCGCAUAACCCAGCAUCUGCUAAAGAAAUAGCUUUUAAUAUAAGAAAUUUAAGGGUUGAUUUGAUUUUAUCUGGACACACACAUGCCGGUCAAUUUUACACUAUCGCUCCGAUAGUCUAUUGGUUCUUACCAUAUUUUCAUGGUUUAUAUCAUGUAUCAUCUCAUACUCAACUUUUGGUUUCGGCAGGUACAUUAUACCAAGGAUCACCUAUGAAAAUGCUUUUUAUGUCUGAAUUGUGGAUCAUAUCUCUGGAUUCCUCAAGUUGA